CUAGCAGACACCUUUCGGGCUCGAAACAAUUUUAACUACCUGUGUCUGUGUCCUAGUAGGAGUAGGAGAGCAGAUCUAGAGAUUGCCACUGGCCUGGUUAGGAGAUCCUUGUCACACUCUGUAUUGAAAUGCAAUGGAUGAACAGAGGAACAAAGGAUACCCAACAAGAGUGGAGAAGAAAGGUCAUCACAAGUUAUAUAACCCACCAUAUGAGCCAUUGACUCCUGAUAUGAUGACUGAUCCAGAUGGCUUGACAUCAGUCAAAUUACCAGGAAAGAAGUCUGAUAUCUUGUCAGCUAAACAAGUGUCAAGAAAGAAAAGAUCCACCAAGAAGCAGGGUAGGGAUGAAGAUGAUGUUUGGGGGAGUGAUCAGGAUAUUUUUGUGAAACCCAAAGUCAGAAGGAGACAAAAUUCAUCAUCAUCUGGCGAACGGGCAGCCCUCUCUUCAAGAUUAAUUCCUUUACAGUCACCCAUCAAAAGACAGAAGCUGAGGCAGAGUUUGUCUCAUAUAUCACCAAGGAGAUCAGGGUCAGCGCAGCAUUCAAUCUCCAUGACAAAAGAAAAUGCAAAGAAGCUUCAGUUUGUAACUAAUCGGGCUCGGCAAAGAAGGAAAAGUAUUGAUAGCACUGAAGCACCGAGAAAAUGUAGACUGGAUAACUUACCUCCCCCAAAUAUGGAACAGAAGGUGUUAGCUCAAAGAGCAGGGGUUCAUAAGGAGAGUGAAAAGUUAAAUGAGUUUAGAAACAAGCAACAUUUAUACUCAGAUUUGGGAGACUCCUUUAUACAUAAAGAAUUAAAUCAAGAAGACAAGAAUUCCUCACAGGUACUCAAUUUUAGCAUGUCUGGAAUGCAUGGAUGCCAGUCAGGGAAGAAUUUCAAAAGUUCAGAUGCUUUGCACAACCCAAGCGAAGGACUGUUCACUGAUACUGAAUCUGGAAAUGAAACGGACACUCAAGCCAUUAUACAGAGAACAGUAUCAAGAUUCCUCAGUUCACAGGAAGUGCAGAAGUUAGAACACAGAUCCUCCUGUUCUGAAGGUGUCAGGAAUGUUGAUUCGGAAGUUAGUGAGAGUUCCAAUGAUGAUGAUGAAGCCAAUGAGACUUUCUUAGAGAAGGAGGUUCGGGGUUUCUUUGAAAGUAAGAAACAACCAACUUCAAGAGAUCACAGAGCGGUAGACCUUCCAUCGGUAAUGUCAUUGAAUCCUGUACAACAGGGGCUGAUUGAUGGAGUAUCAGAUGAAAGUGAGGUCAUUUGUGCAGGACAAAAGAUGCGUUCACAGCGUGAGCCUGAUGUGGUUAGGGAUAAUGAUACUCAUGAGCAUAGUUCUGAACCUGUCAUGGGUGAUAGUGAAUACGGGCAGAGACUCUCUGUUGAUUCAUCGAGUUCCAGAAACAGCGGUGUGGCAAUUAGUGACAUCAAUUUAGACCAAGUGGAUGAGACUUUGAGUGAAGAUAUUUUCAGUGGAAACGAGAAUUCAAGUGACAAAAUGCAGAAUUUUUUACAGAGAUGCGAGUCAUUUACAAACCAGGAUGUUGAAAUUGAUUCAACAUCUGAGGAAUCGAUACUGCAAGGUGCUACUGGGAAGUCAAGUGAUGUCAGCGAGAGGCAUCAACUGCCUGGAGAACAAGCUGCUACUGUAGUAUCCCCACCUCCAUCAACGGCCGAAAUAGGAAAGCAGAUGUUCCGGUUGUACUGUCACAAAACUGCAGCCCCAGAAAUUUUUAAAGUCCUCAAGACCUGUGGAAGCAUCGAUGGCAGCAGUCUGCAAUCAGCGGCUGUUGAUGAGCCUAUGUGCAUUGAGGCAAUAUGGGGGAAGGUAUUAGAAGAUUCGGCUGACAGAACUUUAACCGAUGCAUCACCGGUGCUCUUUGAGGAGAACUCUGAUGAUUUUCAUGAGCCUGCAGAUAUUGAAGAGGUUGAACAAUUAAUCAAAGAAACGGAUUUGGGGAGCGAUUCAAGAAAGAGAGCAGCUGAGAACAGUACAAAGACCAACCCAAAGAAGUUGAGGAAGAAAAAGAAGAAAGUCCCAGAAACACAGGGAGAUGGCACGCUACAGAGGGGAAUGAAGAUCAUUACUGAAGCUAUUACAGGAGGUGCAAGAAAGAUAAAUGGUGUAGCUGAGAAUGAUACAAAGACCACCCCAAAGAAGUUGAAAAAGAAGAAGAAAAAGGAGAAAAUGCCAGAAACACAUAGAGAUAACACACCACAAGAUAUGGAGAUCGUCACUGGACCAAUUAAAGGAGAUGCAAGAAAGAAAAAUGGUGUAGCUGAUAAUGAUACAACCAACCCAAAGAAGUCGAAGAAGAAAGAAAAGAUGAAGAAAGUGCCAGAAAUACAAGGAGAUAGCUCAAUUCAAACUAGAAUGAAAAUCAUCGCUGGACCUAUUAAAGGAAGUGCAAGAAAGAAAAAUGAAUUGCGAUGGAAGGAAGAAUUGGGAGAACUCACCAAGUGCCUGUGGAGUCCUAUCACUCUAGAACCAUCCUUGGAAUCUGGCCUCUGCAUGCUCAGGCGUUUGAAGGCAGCGGCCAAGGCAACACCUCAUCAACGAAAGACUCAACUUGACAGAACGGCAGAUUUGAAAGAAGAUGACCCAAAUCUUGGAGGCUUCAUCAAUCUAUUAUCAUACCCUGAUGUCUUCAUGACAAGAAAAAAGGACAGGCCCACAAUUCGUAACCUAGCUCCAAGUGAAAUCCAAGUUUUGGACGGUUCUUAAGCACCUGAUUGAAUGUGUAUGCAUUCUGGUUGAUUCAUGUGAUAUACAGGUAUGACUUUAUCCUCAUACACUUUGUAAAGUGCAUUCUAAUUCCACCAUCACCAAUUUUAGUUGUUGUUGUUGGCAGUCCCUCUGCCCCAUCAACUGAGUCAUAUCUCUUUAAAAGGAAGAAAUACAUGUAUGGCAAAAAGAAUUGCUAUUUUUGUAUCAUACUACCAGUCAAAAUCAAUUUGCCACUUAAAUAAAAAAAAUUAUAUACAAGCCUUUCUGUAUAUUUUAUAAUGCAUAUCAUUCACUAUAAUAGUGUUGAUUAUUUUCAUCUCGUCUGUAUAGCAGAGUGAGACAAUCGGCGCCAAUUUUGAAAUCUUGAUUAAGGUUCAGUUUUUUUAUAUGGCAUCAUAACCUAUAUGGACUUAUUUCAUGACUCUUGGACAUAAGGGUAAUCGAGUAUCAUUCAUAUUCUUGCAUGAGUUUCAGGUCUUAUUAUCAAGGCCAAAGGUUAUUUAGGGGUAAUGAACAUUGUCCAUGUUUAGGUAUCAACAUUGUCAAGGUUAAGUUUUUAAAUGCCAUUAUAACUUUGAAAGUAUAUGGCUUAUUUCAAGAAAAUUGGACACAAGUGUAUCACUGAUGUAUCACUGAUAUUCUUGCAUGAGUUUCAGGUGUCAUGGUCAAGGUCAAAGGUCAUUUAGGGUGAAUGAACUUUUACCAUAUUUUGGUAUCAAUAUAAAAAUAAAUCAACCCAGGUUAUGAUUUUGAGUUUUCCUUAUUCCAUAAAACUUUGAUAAAGACACUAAUGAUUAUUAGAAAAUGGCAAAGGGAUAUAAUUUGAUGUCACUGGGUAAAGGUCAAAGUCAUUUGAGGUCAAUGAAUUUAUAAUUUCAUUAUCAAAUGAAUAUCGUAUUUUCCCCUCUAUUUAAAAUUGUUAAUCUGGGUUGUUUUCAGUCACCAUUGCUGGAAUAUUGAAUUGCAUAAUGCAGGAGAGACUGCAAGAUGCACUCCACUUGUUGUAUCCCAUGUAAGGGAAAGCUUGUUCAUAUUUAUCUGUAAAAGCAGAAGAUGACUAGACCUUGUCUUUUUUGUUUAUAAAGGGGAAGGCUAAAGAAAAACCUGAAUUAUGUUUUAGGAGUUGGAAACUGUUAGAGAAAGAAAUAAUCAAGUUAUAAUAUUCUUCCUUGAAUAGGUUUAUUUUUUCCAAAAGAAUUGACAAUAAUCUAUCAGGAGCAAGAUGACAUGUCUCUGAGGAGAUACACAGGAUUUGUUGUUGCCAAGGGGGAUUUACCCCCCUGUAUAAUUACAAAGACAUUAUUAUGCAACUUUUAUCCAUGAUAUGCCACAAUUAUUAUCCACUCCUUGGGUAAAUAUAUUUUCAUAACCAAAUUUUCCGCAUGUUGAUUAUAUUUUGCUGGAUUAUCAUGACCCCCAAAUUUGGUUAUAAGUCCCCCUAAGAACUGGCAAAGAGAAUGAUUUCCUCAGACCUUUGUCAUCUUGUUUGGCCCUUUUAUUAGCACCAUAUGGUCAUUAUUUCUUUGGAAAGUAUAAGAAAACCUGGAUACAGCCUCGGGAAAAACGUCAAACUGCUUAAAACUUUCUUUUGCUGAUCGUUUCUAUCUCCAAACAUUUAAUAUUUGGUGCCCUGUAUUUCUUUUGUCCUCUCUUGUUAGAAAU